AUGGAGCAGUCGAGCUCCCUACCUGCAGACAUGGAGCAGAUACAAGUUGAUAACGCACUACGAGCUAUCAACCAAAAAAAGCCCGUUCCCGAGAUUGAUUUUACGCUUCACACUUUGGAAGAUGGAACCCAGGUUAGCACAACAGAGAGAGUUUGUAAAGAUGUGCAAGCACCAGCAAUGAUUCCACCUACAAAUGAGCAAUUCUUCUCGGCCGAAGACCCUACAAAGCCAGACUUGAAGUUCCUCAAACAGCAUUUCUAUCGGGAGGGUCGUUUAACUGAAGAACAAGCACUUUACAUCAUUGAGGAAGGGACAAAAUACCUGAAGCAGGAACCUAACUUGUUAGAAAUGGAUGCGCCAAUCACAGUUUGUGGAGACGUCCACGGCCAGUAUUAUGACUUGAUGAAGCUUUUUGAAGUUGGUGGCGACCCAGCUGAGACACGGUAUCUCUUUCUCGGAGACUAUGUUGAUCGAGGGUACUUUAGUAUUGAAUGUGUUCUUUACUUGUGGUCCCUAAAGAUAUGGUACUCAAACUCAUUAUGGCUCCUGCGAGGAAACCAUGAAUGUAGGCAUUUAACCGACUACUUUACUUUCAAGCUUGAAUGCAAGCACAAGUAUUCGGAGAAGAUUUACGAGGCGUGUAUGAACUCGUUCUGUGCCCUUCCUUUAGCUGCCGUAAUGAAUAAACAAUUCUUAUGUAUACAUGGUGGAUUGAGUCCAGAAUUACACACAUUAGAUGAUCUUAAACAUGUUGAUCGUUUUCGCGAGCCCCCGACUCAUGGAUUAAUGUGCGAUAUUCUCUGGGCAGAUCCAUUGGAAGAAUUUGGCCAAGAAAAGAACUCUGAAUUUUUUGUUCACAAUCACGUUAGAGGAUGCUCGUACUUCUUUUCAUACCCAGCAGCCUGCAAUUUUCUGGAGAAGAACAAUCUCUUAUCCAUCAUUCGGGCGCACGAAGCCCAAGAUGCUGGCUAUCGAAUGUACCGCAAGACACGGACAACAGGAUUUCCAAGUGUUAUGACCAUAUUCUCGGCACCCAACUAUCUCGAUGUUUACAACAACAAAGCAGCCGUACUCAAAUAUGAAAACAAUGUGAUGAAUAUUAGACAGUUCAACUGUACUCCUCAUCCGUAUUGGUUACCCAACUUUAUGGAUGUAUUUACAUGGUCUUUGCCUUUUGUUGGCGAAAAGAUAACUGAUAUGCUUAUUGCCAUUCUCAGUACUUGUUCUGAGGAUGAACUUAAAGAAGAUAUGACUCCUUGUGCAACUUCACAAGAUAUCACCUCUUCACCUCCUGGAUCGCCACUAGACCCUGAAUCUACCGAGUACAAACGUCGUGCAAUUAAGAAUAAAAUUCUUGCCAUUGGUCGUCUCUCGCGAGUUUUCCAAGUUCUUCGUGAAGAAUCUGAGCGUGUCAGCGAGCUUAAGACUGUAUCCGGAGGCCGUCUACCUGCAGGUACUCUCAUGCUAGGUGUUGAGGGGAUAAAGAGUGCUAUCAGUGGCUUUGAUGAUGCGCGCAAAGUAGACUUGAAAAAUGAAAGACUGCCACCGUGUCAUGACGAGGUAGUACGAAUGACGGAGGAGAGCAAAGCACUUGCAUUAGAAAGAGCCAAGGAAAAUGCCGAUAAUGAUGAAGGACUACAACUAUUGUCACGACGUCUAAGUUUGGAUCUAAAGAAAAGCCCUUCACGUUCGAAAGAUGCAGUGCCUGAGAAUGAACCGAUAGCCGAGAAGUUGCCACUACGCGAAGACGUUCCAGUUAUUGAACGACAAGAAAUUGUCGAUGACUGCGAGACAGAUAAUAAUAAAGCUGAUGAGAAAUAA